CUGUGAUUGGCUGUGCCGGCCACAUGAUAACCUGGGUAGAAACCAGCUGUGUGCUGUUGCCCAGCGUUUCUCUGGAGGGAAGCUGGGGAGGCUUUGGCGGCUUGGGAGACCAUUAAACUUUAAUAUAACUGGCUUGGGGCAAAUCACAAAGUUGGACUAUCAGUUUGAGACCCUAGUGGAUGGCAAGUGAAGCUUCCUUACUCUCAGGAAAUACUGCGGAAAUCUUUUGCUGAGCUUCUAAAACCGUCCCAUAAUGACGGAAAUUGUGGAGGAAUAUGAGGAAUUUGAGGAGGAGGAGGAGGAGGAGAUAAUAGAAGAGAUUACAACGACGUCUGUCGGUGAGCAAAAGACUCAGGUCUUUCAGUCUGGCUUGCCCACCAGGAAGGUCAGGAAGAAGGUCAAGGUGGAUACUUCCAAGUUCAUGACUCCAUACCUGGCCCACAGCCAGAAGAUGCUGGAGCAGUUCAGCCAUAACAAGUACCGGCAAGCAUAUGACAUUUCCAGAGCAAAUCCUCCUGCCAUCGUCACUGAUACCCCUGAAAUGAUUCGUAUCAGGAAGGCCCAGGAGCAGCUUAGCGAGGUUAAAUACCGCAUGGAGGGAAAUAAGGUUCGGACAACAAGCUUGUAUGAUGGGGAGGCCAAAGAUGUCCUCCAUGUCAAGCGUGUAUCUGAGCUAAUGAGCAAGGUUCUGUACAGGCAGAAGUGGGAUGAGACUAAGGACAGGUACCUGCUGCCUCCUGAUGCUCCUGAGCUGGUCCUUGCUGUGAAGAAUGCUGCUAACUACAGCAAAAAACGUUACACUGAGGUCUGGGAUGAAGAGAAGACCAUGUACUACCCUUACAGUGACAGCCCUGAGCUACGCAGGGUGGCCAAGGCUCAGGAGGUCCUCAGUGAUGUUCAUUACAAGAAGGGUCAUGAUGAGCGCAAGGCCAAGUACACCUCCUUGGCUGAUCCUCCUGAAGUGGAGCUGGCUAGGAGAGUGGCCCAUCAGCGCAGUGAUCUAAAGUACAAGGAAGAUUACAAUAAAAAUGUGAAGGGUCAAUGGUGCGAGACGCCGUACUUCGACGUUGCCAUCGCAAGGAUGGCGAUGGACAACUUCAGCAACAGAAAAUACACGCAACAUUAUGAGGAUAUGAAAGACCAAAUUUAUUUCAUGCAAACAGACACGCCCGUUUAUGACGCAAACAAGAAGGCUCGUAUUGCUGCUAGUGAGAUCCAUUACAAGAAGGAAUAUGAAAAGAGGAAAGCGCAGUCUGACUACAACACGCUCCCCGCCACAGAGAAUCCUCUCCUCCGACAGCUCAGAUAUGCUGGCACCAUCCUCAGUGAUAAAGUGUAUAAGGCCAGCUAUGAGAAAUCCAGAGGUUCCAGCAUCAACUAUUGUGACACGCCCAAGUUUCAGAUGGACUCCGUACUUAAACAGUUCACUGAUGUACAUUACAAAGACAAGUAUGACAAUGAGGUGAAGGGCCACUAUAUUGGCAGCUAUGAAGAUCUCUUUAUGCUUCACUGUCAGAAAGUUGAGGAGAUGAAGAGUGAGCAACAAUAUAAAGCUGAGUAUGAAGACAUAAAAACGAGAUGCUUCUUCCCACAAACAAUUACACCUGAAUAUGAAGCUGGGAAGAAGCUUAAUCAGUGUAACGAUAAUGUUUACCGGCAACAUCCAGGCACAGUGAAAUUUACACAAGUGGUGGAUUCGCCAGUUCAGGUUCAAGCCGCCAUCAACGCCAAACAGCUAAGUGACUUGAACUACCAUGCAAAGUAUGAGGAAACAAAGUUCAAGUCUAGUCUGCCCCCAGACUAUCCCUUCUUCAUCCAGUCCAGAGUAAACGCCUUUAACCUCAGCGAUAACUGUUACAAGUAUGACUGGGAGAAAAACAAAGCAAAAAAGUUUGAGGUCAAGGGAGAUGCUAUCUCGAUCCUUGCUGCCCGUGCUCACACAAACAUUGCCAGUGAUGUUAAAUAUAAGAAGGAGUACGAGAAGAACAAGGGACAGAUGGUCGGAGCCCUCAGCAUUAAUGACGAUCCCAAGAUCUUGCACUCUGUUCACGUGGCUAAAAUUCAGAGUGAUCGUGAAUAUAAAAAGCACUAUGAAAAGAUAAAGACCAAGUACCAUACACCACUGGAUAUGAUGUCAGUCACCUUGGCCAAGAAAUCACAGGGGAUUGCCAGCAUGGCUGGGUAUAGGAGCAUCAGCACCAACUUCUUCCUUCCCCCCGACAGCGUGCUGUUGGACUUGGCCAAGAAAGCCAACAUCAUCCAGAGUGACAAUGAGUACAAGUCUGACUACAACACCUAUACCAAAGGUUCCCCAUGGAUCACCUUUGGCUCCAUGGAUGUGGAAAAGAAUAAGAAAGCUGGGGAGAUCCUUAGUGAGAAAAAAUACAGACAACACCCAGACACAAUCCCCUUUACAUCUAUUGAUGACCACCCAAUCAUGAUGCAGGCCAAAGUCAACCAGCUUCAGAGGAGUGAUUUGUUCUACAAGAGAGGUCUAGAGGAGAUCCAUCAGAAAUACUCUCUGCCUCCUGAUGUUCCUGAGUUUCUCCAGGCCAAGUGCAAUGCCUACAACAUCAGCAAUAACUACUACAAACUUGGCUGGCAGGAGAUUAUUGCUAAAGGUUAUGACCUGAAGCCUGAUGCUAUCCCUGUUAUCGCUGCCAAAGCUGCCAGACAUGCUGCCAGUGAUGUCCAGUAUAAAAAAGCUUACGAGAAGGCCAGAGGCCACCAUGUUGGCUUCCGCAGCCUCCAGGACGAUCCUCUGCUGGUUCAUUACAUGGAGGUAGCUAAACUGCAGAGUGACAAGAACUACAAGAAGGACUAUCACAAGGCCAAGCUGAAGUACCACACCCCUGUGGACAUGAUGAGUCUCGCUCAUGCCAAGCAUGCCUCAUCAGUGCAGACCUUCGCUGGCUACAAGCAGCACCACCAUAAUUACUGUCUUCUGCCUGACUCGAUGAGUCUGGACCUUGCUCGCACCAUGAACUAUAAUUCCAGUAAUUAUAACUAUAAACUGGAUUAUGAGACCUCAGUCAAGGGACUUGGCUGGGUCCCCAUUGGCUCCCUGGAGGUGGAAAAAGCCAAGACAGCAGGAGCAGCUCUGAAUGAGAAAAAGUACCGCCAGCACCCUGAAACCAUCAAAUUUACCAGUACCACUGACUCCAUGAGCAUGGAGCUAGCCAAGGCCAACGCCAAGAUCUUAAAUGCGAAAGAGUAUAAGGCCAGUGGAGAGAAAUUCAUGCACACUUACCAUCUCCCAGCCGAUGCCCCUGAACUGAUGCAAGCCAGAUACAAUGCUGUCAACAUCAGCCAGAAUUACUACACCUAUGCUCAUCGUCAAGAUCUGCUCAAAGGACAUCAUGUGAAGGAAGAUGCUAUUCCCAUUGUGGCAGCAAAAUCUUCCAGGGACAUUGCCAGUAAUUACAAAUAUAAGCUGGCUUAUGAGAAGGCCAGAGGCCACCAUGUUGGCCACCGCAGCCUCCAGGACGAUCCUCUGCUUGUUCACUACAUGGACGUGGCUAAGAUGCAAAGUGACAAGAACUACAAGAAGGACUACCACAAGGCCAAGCUGAAGUAUCACACCCCAGUGGACAUGUUGAGUUUGGUCCAGGCCAAGCAGGCCUCUGCUGUUCAGACGUAUGCUGGUUACAGAAAGAUCCCUCACAGCUACAUGCUUCUGCCUGACAACCUGCACCUGCAUCUGUGUCGCAGCAUGAUGGAGAUUCAGAGUAAUAAUGUCUACAAGUCAGAUUACAACAACUACUGUAAAGGCUUAGGCUGGGUCCCUAUUGGUUCUCUGGAUGUCGAGAAGGCCAAAACUGCUAAAGCUGCACUGGAUGACAUCGGCUACCGCCAGCAUCCCAGUACUCUGAAAUUUACAAGCAAGACCGAUGCCAUGAACAUGGCUCUGGCUCUCACCAACACAAAGCAGCUGGACAAUACUUCAUACAAAGCUUCUGGCGAGAAGUUCAUGCACACCUAUCAUCUGCCAGCUGACAGUCCUGAGUUUCUUCAGGCUAAAUUCAAUGCCCAAACCCUUAGCGAGAGUCACUACAAACACAAGUGGCUGGAAGAUAUUGCCAAGGGAUAUGACCUGAAGCCUGAUGCUAUUCCUAUCCUGCAUGCCAAGCAAGGCAGACAUAUUGCCAGCAAUUACAAGUACAAGACAGGAUACCGUAAGCAGGUCGGCCACCACAUCGGUGCUCGCUGCGUCGAGGACGACCCUCUGCUCAUGCUGGCUCUGAACUCAGCCAAGAUUGCCAGUGAUGCCCUGUACAAGAAGGACUUCAACAAGUCCAAGACCAAGUUCAAUCUUCCAGUGGACAUGUUGCGUCUUGAACUGGCCAAGAAGAACCAGAUUCAGGUCAACCACGCCAACUACAUCACCCGCCUCCACCAGUGGACUUGUCUGCCAGACUCCAAUGAUGUUGUCCAGGCCAGGAAAGCCUACGAUCUUCAGAGUGAUGCUGUAUACAAAGCUGACAUGGAUGAGAUUGUGGGUGUGGGAUGGGUCCCCAUUGGUUCACUCGAUGUGCUGAAGGCUAAGCAUGCUUCAAACAUUCUCAGCGACCGUCUCUACAAGCAGACACCAGACAAGAUGAAAUAUAAAAGUGACAUGACUUCCAUGCCCAUGGUCUUAGCCAAAGCAAAUGCUGACAUCAAAAACAGGAAAAACUACAUUGCUGCUUGGGAGGCUGACAAGAUUAAGAUUCAUAUAACCCCUGACCUACCUGAACUUUUGCUUUCUAAAGCAAAUGCUUACAACAUUAGCAGAAAACUAUACAGGGAAGGUGUUGAAGAGAUGUUUAGAAAGGGCUACGACAUUAAGGCUGAUGCUGUCUCUAUUGUCGCUGCCAAACAUGGAAGAGAGAUCAUCAGUGAUUACAAAUACAAGACAGGAUACCGUAAACAGGUCGGCCACCACAUCGGAGCCCUCAGUGUCCACGAUGACCCUCUGAUCAUGCUGGCUCUGAACUCAGCCAAGAUUGCCAGUGAUGCCCUGUACAAGAAGGACUUCAACAAGUCCAAGACCAAGUUCCACCUGCCGGUGGACAUGCUCAAUCUUGAACUUGCCAAGAAAUGCCAGAUCCAAGUUAACGAUUUCAACUACAGAACUCAUCUGCACAACUGGACCUGUUUACCUGACUCCAAUGAUGUAGUCCAGGCCAGAAAGGCUUAUGACCUGCAAAGUGAUGCUGUGUACAAGGCUGACAUGGAAUGGGUCAGGGGAACAGGUUGGGUGCCAAUUGGUUCAGUUGAUGUGGAGAAAGCCAAGAAAGCAGCAGAGAUCCUGAGCGAGAGGAAGUACCGUCAGCAUCCCAGCAUUUUCAAAUUCACUGCCAAAACAAGUGACAUGCCAUAUGCCCUUGCCCAGGCCAAUGCCCACACCAUGGACAAGAAAGCGUAUCUUUCUGCCUGGGAGAAGGAUAAGACCAAUCUUCACAUCAUGCCUGACACCCCAGAGAUCGUCCUGGCCAGACAGAAUAAGCUCAACACCAGUCUGAAAUAUUACCGUGAAGGCUUUAUGGACACCAUAAACAAAGGCUACUAUCUUCCCAAAGAUGCUAUUUCUGUUUUAGCAGCCAGGGCCUCCAGAGACAUCAUCAGUGAUUACAAAUACAAGGCUGGUUUCCGCAAGCAGUGUGGCCAUCACAUCGGUGCCCUCAGUGUUAACGACGACCCACUGAUUAUGUUGGCCGCUAAUGCAGCCAGGAUUUCCAGUGACAACAUUUAUAAGAAGGACUUCAACAAGACCAAGACCAAGUUCCACCUGCCAGUGGACAUGCUGACAAUUGAACUUGCCAAGAAAUGCCAGCAGCAAGUGAACGACUUCAACUACAGAACUCGCUUACACCAAUGGACCUGUCUGCCAGACUCCACUGAUGUGGUUCAGGCAAGAAAGGCCUACGACUUAAAGAGUGACGCCGUAUACAAAGCAGAUAUGGAGUGGCUGAGAGGAUGCGGCUGGUCACCUCAGGAUUCUGUGGACGUCAUCAAAGCUAGAAAUGCCCAAACUAUUCUCAACGAAAGGCUCUACCGCCAACCCCCCAGCACCGUGAAGUUCACCAGUGUUGUCGACCUCCCGGCUAUUGUCUUGUCCAAGCAAAAUGCUGACAACAUCAGUGAUAGGAAAUAUAAGGAAGUCUGGGAAAAAGACAAGCUCUCCAUUCACCUGCCACCUGACACCCCCACCCUUGAACUGUCCAAAGCCAAUGCUGUUAACAUCAGCAAUAAACUGUACACAAAGGCCUGGGAUGACCAGAAGGCCAAAGGCUACCAUAUCAAGGAGGAUGCGAUCUCUGUGCUGAAAGCUAGAGCUUCCAGAGAUAUCAUUAGUGACUACAAGUACCAUGGGGCAUACCGUAAGCAGGUCGGCCACCACAUCGGAGCUCGCUGCGUGCAAGAUGACCCUCUGAUCAUGCUGGCUCUGAACUCAGCCAAGAUUGCCAGUGAUGCCCUGUACAAGAAGGACUUCAACAAGUCCAAGACCAAGUUCCACCUGCCGGUGGACAUGCUCAAUCUUGAACUUGCCAAGAAAUGCCAGAUCCAAGUUAACGAUUUCAACUACAGAACUCAUCUGCACAACUGGACCUGUUUACCUGACUCCAAUGACGUAGUCCAGGCCAGAAAGGCCUAUGAUCUACAGAGUGAUGCUGUGUACAAAGCUGAUAUGGAGUGGAUACGUGGAUGUGGAUGGAUACCACAUGAGUCUGUGGAUGUCAUGAAGGUGAAGCAUGCACAGAAGGUCCUGGCUGAUAGAGGCUAUCGUGUCAAGUUGGAUGAACAGAAAUACACAGUUCCAACUGACAGAGUCGACAUUGUCUGUGCCAAGAAUGCUGCUGAUGUCCUCAAUGAGGCCAAAUAUCGUGAAGCCUGGCACCAGGACAAGACAAAGUACUCACUGGUGGACACUCCAAGUCUUGCCACAGCCAGAGAGGUGGCUAAGAAUGUUCACCCGAAACUGUACACCAAAGCUUGGGAUAAGGUCAAAGCCACAGGCUACUUCAUGCCCGGAGAUGCUGUACCAAUCAAGCAGUGCAUACACACAACUAAAGUGCAGAGUCAGCAUAAGUACCUUGAGGGAUACCGUAAGCAGGUGGGCCACCACAUCGGUGCUCGCUGCGUUGAGGACGACCCUCUGCUCGUGCUGGCUCUGAACUCAGCCAGGAUUGCCAGUGAUGCCCUGUACAAGAAGGACUUCAACAAGUCCAAGACCAAGUUCAACCUGCCGGUGGACAUGCUGCAGUUUGAGCUGGCCAAGAAAUGCCAGAGGCAAGUCAAUGAUGACAACUACAGAACCCGCCUGCACCAGUGGACUUGUCUGCCAGACCAGAGCGAUGUCAUCCAAGCCCGCAAAGCCUACGAUCUCCAAAGCAAUAAUGUGUAUAAGGCUGAUUUGGAAUGGAUUCGAGGCUGUGGCUGGAUGGCAGCUGACUCUGUGGACCACGUCAAGGUCAAGAAGGCCCAGGAGAUCCUCAACGAAAGGCUCUACAAGAAGAAUGCCAAAGAAUGCUUUGGAAAAUUCACCCUGAUUGUCGACCGCCCCGAGAUUGUCUUGGCAAAGAUAAAUGCUGCCAACCUUAGUGAUCUGAAGUACAAAGAGACAUUCAAUGCGGAAAAGGGUCAAUACAUUGGUUCAGAGGACACUCCUCAACUGGCCCACAGCAGGGAGGUGUCUAAGAUCAUCAGUGAGAAACUCUACAAAUUGGAUUGGGAUGAGUCUAAGGCUACAGGCUACCAGCUGGACCAGCAAUACAUCCCACUUCUCAGCGGCAAGAAGGGCAGGGAGAUUGCUAGUGAUGCCAAGUACAAGGAUGCCCAUGAGAAGGCCAAGGGUCACUACAUGGCUGGUACACUGGUGGACUUCCCUGAGGUGAUGCGCUGUGGACAGCAGGAGAAGAACAAGGGACAGAGGCUCUACCAGAAGGACUACCAUCAGACCAAGACCAAAACCCACCUCCCACCCGACAUCAUCGCUAACAAGGUAGCCAAGCGCUGCCAGGACAUGCUGAGCGAUGUCCUCUACCGUACAUACCUGCACCAGUGGACUUGCCAUCCUGACCAGGAGGACGCCAUUCGUGCCCGCAAGACCAACGAGAUUCUCAGCGAUGUGUUCUACAAGGAUGACCUGAACUGGAUGAAGGGUAUUGGUUGCUAUGUCUGGGACACACCAGAAAUCAUUCGUGCCAAGAAGUCCUAUGAGCUGCAGAGCGAACUUAAAUACAGAGAUGAAGCCAAGAAAGAAUUCAACAAUUACUCCAUUGUGACAGACACCCCAGUUUAUGUGACUGCCGUCCUGGGUCACACUUGGGCCAGUGAUCUCAACUACAGGGAGGCCUAUCAUAAGGAGAAGCACCUGUAUACUACCGUUCUGGAUACCUACGACUAUGCCAGAUGCCACAACUUCAAACACUUCUUCAGCAACAAAAACUACACUGAUGCCUGGGACAAAGUCAAGGCCAAGAGCUACCAGAUUCCACAUGACUCACACGCCCUGCAACAUGCCAAAAUCCAGAAAGUCAUCCUCAGCGGCGUGAAGUACAAGGAGGAUUAUGAGAAGUUCAAAUCCCUCUACAGUCUGCCUAAGUCUCUUGAGGACGACCCUGCCACUGCUCGCUGCGUCAAAGCUGGGAAGCUUGUCCUGGAUCGUCUGUACAAGGAGAACUAUGAGAAGACCAAGGCCAAGAACCAUAUCCCACCAGACAUGCUGGAGAUCCUGUCUGCCCGCAACACCCAGAAAACUGUCAGUGGCAUCCACUACCGCAAGUAUCUGCAUCAGUGGAUAUGCCUCCCAGACAUGCAGGUGUACGUCCAAGCCCGCAAAGUCAACGAGCAGCUCAGUGAUAUCUUCUACAAGGAUGACCUGAACUGGCUGAAGGGUAUUGGCUGCUAUGCCUGGGACACACCAGAGAUCCUCCGUGUCAAGCACGCUGACAACCUUCAGAGUGAGAACAAGUACAGAGCCAAAGGUAUCGAGGCUUUCAAGGAGUAUUCAGUGGUGACAGACACUCCAGUGUACGAGACAGCCAAGCAGAAUGCUCAGAACCUGAGCGAUCUGCACUACCGCUAUGAUUACAAUGCCAGCAUCAAGGGAACCAACACUUCUCCUGCUGUUACCAUCGACACAGAAAGGGCACGCCUGGCUAACUACAUCCAGAGUGAUAACUGGUACAAGGAGGCCAACAAGAGCUUCAUGCCCACUGGUUACUCCCUGCCUCAUGACACCCCGCUCAUCAAGCAGGCUAAGAUGAACAGCGUUGUCACCAGCAACGUGAAGUACAAGGAGGCCUAUGAGAUGACGAAGGCCAGGGCCUACACCCUUCAUCCAGAGGGUGUCAAUUUCGUCAACACGAGGAAGGCUAACAAAAUCUCCAACGAUCGUCUGUAUCGGCAAGACUACCACAAGCAGAAGGACAAGAUCCACACAACCUACGACACCCCUGAUAUCAAACAAGUCAAAAUGAACCAGGAACACCUCAGUGACUUGUGCUACAGAGAGAAAUACUACAACAGCAGAGGCCAGCUGAUCUCUAUGCCCAUUACGCCCCAGCUUAUGCACUGCUACCACGUCAAUGAGAUCACCAGCGAGCUGAAAUACAAAGAGGAUCUGAUGUGGCUAAGAGGCAUGGGCUGCUUCUUGUACGACACCCCAGAGAUGGUCCAUGUCCGCAAUAUCACCAAACAGAGGGUGACCUAUCCAGUGGAGGCUAAGAAGAACCUUGCCAACUUCUCUGUGGUUCUGGACACGCCAGAGUAUAAGCGUGUGACUGAGCUUAAGACCCACAUGAGCAACCUCAUCUACAAAGCCCAGGGCAAGGAGGAAAUGGCAAAGGUCACUACCACUCUGGACGCUGUGGACAUCCAGAGAGCCAAAUGGGCCCAGCUGCUGACUAACAAAUACAAGUACACCGAUUUGGCUUCUAGGGAGAGAGCUCAUUUCACUCCAGAUCCUGAAACUCCAAACAUGGAACAUGCCAGAAAAAUGAAAGUAGUCUACAGUGAAAACAAAUACAAAGAACAGUAUGAGAAGAUGAAGCACAGAUACACAGCCAUUGCUGAUACACCUCUCCUGAUCCGUGCCAAGAAAUCCUACCUCCAAUCCAGCGAUCUGCGUUACAAAGAGACCUUUGAGCUCUCCAAGGGCCACUACCACACAGUCAAGGAUGCUCUGGACAUCACCUACCACCGCAGAGUCACUGAUGACAUCAGUGAGGUCAAAUACAGGGAGAAGUACAUUAACUCUCUGGGUACAUGGAAGUCAAUCCCCGACCGUCCUGAGUUCUUCUUCAGCAGAAUUGUUAAUGAUAACGUCAGCAGCGUCAAGUACAAGGAGGACCUGGAUUGGCUGAAGGGCAUUGGCUGCUAUGUGUGGGACACACCUGAGCUGGUGCAGGCUGAGAGGAACAAGAAGCUGUACAGUGAGAGACUGUACAAAGCCUCCUUUGAGAAGAACAGAGGAAACUUCAAGUAUUCCUCAGACACUCCAUUCUUCCAGGCCGCCAAGAACGCGUCCGUUCUCAUCAACGAUGCAUUGUAUAAAUCCAAAGCAAAGGAUCUGCUAAAGAGUGGCUGCAAUGAGCUACUCCGCCCUGACAUCCUCACAGCCCUUUACCAGUCCACUAUGGGCAGUAAGUGGAGGUACAGGGAGCAGUAUGAACGUGCCAAGGACAAGUUCACCUCUGUUCUGGAGACUCCUGAGUAUGAGGCCCACAAACGCAGCAAGAAAAUCAGCGAUAUCAUCUAUAGGAUGGAGUACAACAAGACCAAGGCUAAGGGAUACACCUUGCCUUAUGACACUCCACACCAACAGCACAUGAAGAAGGUUAAGGACAUCACCAGCAAUCUCAAGUACAGAGAAGUGUAUGAGAAGAGCAAGGCCCAGAUCAACAUGGACCCUGAGGCUCAUGAGAUCCGCGCUGCGAAGGAGGCCUACAAGAACAUCACCAAUCUUGACUACAAGAAGAAAUAUGAAGCCACCAAGAACAAGUGGAUCUGGACAGCCGACAGACCUGACUUCAUCAAUGCUGCCAGGAACUCCUUGCAACAGAGUGAUGUUGAGUACAAGUAUGACAAAGAGAUGAUGAAGGGCUGUGUGAUACCUGUGGUUGACGACAAGUUGACCCUCCUGGCUAUGAAAAAUGCUGAAAUGGCCAGUGAUGUGAAGUACAAAGAGAAGUAUGAAAAGGCAAAGGGCCACUACAUGCCAGUCCAGGACACUCCUCAAAUCCUCCAUGCCAAGGCUGUGCGCACUCUGGCAUCAGAGAGCAAAUACAAGGAGGCCAGUAAGAAGGACAUGCAGUCUGGUUCAUUCACUACCCUGCGUGAGACUCGUGACACUGUCCACAGCAAGGAGAUCAACAAGCUUGUCAGCGGAAAAUUGUACAAAGCGAAGUUUGAGAAGGAUAAAGGCAAGUCAGAGUAUAACAACAUGAGUGUUCCACCUGAUGUCCAGCAUGCCAUGGCAGUGGCCAAGAAUCAGAGCAGCGUUUCCUACAAGAAGGAUGCCAAAGCCAACCUGCACUACACUUCUGUUGUGGACCGUCCUGACAUAAAGAAGGCUACCCAGGCUGCCAAACUUAUCAGUGAGAUUGGCUACCGUGACAAGGCCCGCGAGGAGGCCAGCCGUGGAGGUUCUCUGGCCCACCGCCCAGACAUCGCUCUGGCCACUGAGGUGUCCAAGCUGACCAGCCAGGUGGAGGCCAAGCCCUCCCUCCAUGGAGCAGCUUCCUAUGAUACCCCCCAGAUGCGCCACAUUAAGAAAAUGAGUGCCGUGACUAGUGAUGUGAAGUACAAGGAGAAGUUUGACAAGGAGAUGAAAGGAAAGAGACCACAAUAUGACAUGAAGGAGAGUAAGAUUUACAAGACACUGAAGGAUGCCAGUGAACUGGCUAGUGAGGUGAAGUACAAGGGUGACCUGAAGAAGAUCCACAAGCCUGUGACUGACAUGGCUGAGUCUUUGUCCAUGCAGCAUAACCUGAGCACCAGCAAACUGUCCAGCCAAUACUGCUACAAGAAGAAAUUUGAGGAGAGUAAGGGUCACUACCAUAUGAUUCCUGACACACCAGAGCAGCUUCAUCUCAAGGAGGCCUCUGAACUUCAGAGCAACGUGAAAUACAAGGAGAAGUAUGAGAAGGAGAAGGGGAAGGCCAUGCUGGACUUCGAGACACCCACAUACGUGACUGCUAAGGAGGCUCAGCACAUGCAGAGCCAGAGAGAGUACAGGAGGGAUCUAGAAGAGGGAGUGAAGGGUAAAGGGCUAACUUUACUGGAGGAAACUCCGGAGCUUUUGAGAGCAAGGAAUGCCACUCAAAUCCUGUGUGAGAGAGAGUACAAAAAAUCACUGGAGCAGGAGAUCAAGGGCAAGGGAAUGUUGGCUUUGGCUACAGACACCCCGGACUUCAUGAGGGCCAGGAAUGCCACUGACAUCCUCAGUCAGACUAAGUACAAGCAGACCGCUGAGAUGGACAGGGCCAGCUACACAUCUGUCAUUGACACCCCAGACAUCAUCCAUGCUCAGCAGAUGAGGAACAUUGUCAGCCAGAAAAAGUACAGAGAGGAAGCUGAAAAGACCAUGUCUCACUACGUGCCAGUCCUGGACACCCCGGAGAUGCAGAGAGUCCGUGAGAACCAGAAAAACUUCAGCACUCUUCAAUACCAGAUUGACCUUAAAAACAUAAAGGGCAAAGUGUCUACUAUAAAGGACACUCCUGAAAUGCUUCGUGUUAAAGAGAAUACAAAGAAUUUCAGCUCGAUUCAGUACAAAGAGGAUUUGGGAGCGGGAACAGCAUUGCCCGAGACCCCAGAGAUGGAGAGAGCCAAACGCAACCAGCAGAACAUUAGCACGCUUCAAUACAAAUCAGGAGUGGGACAAGGCACGUCAGUCUCAGAGACCCCAGAGAUGGAGAGAGUUAAACGCAAUCAGCACAAUAUUAGCACGAUAAAAUACAAGGACUCUCUUGGCCGAGCCACAGCUAUAUCGGACCUCCCUGAGGUGAAGCGGGUCAAACAAACCCAGAAGCACAUCAGCUCGGUGUUGUAUAAAGACAGUUCAGCCAAGGGAACUCCCGUGGUGUUCACUCCAGAGAUGGAGCGGGUCAAAAGGAACCAAGAAAACAUUAGCUCGGUGCUGUACUCUGACAGUUUCCGUAAGCAGGUCCAGGGCAAGGCCGCCUUCGUUCUGGACACACCUGAGAUGAGGCGUGUCAGAGAGACCCAGCGCAUCAUUUCUGGGGUGAGAUACCACGAGGACUUUGAGAAGAGCAAGGGCAGCUUCACUCCCACCACCUCCGACCCAGUGACAGAGCGUGUGAAGAAGAACACCCAGGACUUCAGCGACAUCAACUACCGUGGCAUCCAGAGGCGUGUGGUGGAGAUGGAGAGGAGACGUGCCAUCGAGCAUGACCAGGAGACCAUCACUGAUCUGCGUGUAUGGCGCACAAACCCCGGCUCUGUGUUUGACUACGAUCCUGCUGAGGACAACAUCCAGUCCAGGAGUCUGCACAUGAUGUCAGUGCAAGCUCAGCGUCGCAGCAAGGAGCACUCCCGCUCCACCAGCGCCCUGAGCGGCAUGGCUGAUGAAAAGUCUGAGGUGUCCCAAGACGCUGACCACCACAUGUCCAGCUACAGCAAUGGAUUCAUGACUUCCUCUAUGGGUUACCAGCAUGCUAAGACUGUGGAGCUGCAGCAGAGGUCAUCAUCAGUGGCCACCCAGCAGACCACCGUCUCCUCCAUCCCCUCACACCCCUCUACCACCGGGAAAACUGUGCGUGCCAUGUACGACUACGCCGCAGCCGACAACGAUGAGGUGUCCUUCAAGGACGGCGACGUCAUCGUCAACGUGCAGUCCAUUGACGAGGGGUGGAUGUACGGUACUGUGCAGCGCACCGGCAAGACCGGCAUGCUGCCAGCCAACUAUGUUGAAGCAGUUUAAAGACAAAACCCGCCCAUCAUCCCUCCAGAGUGGGCGAGACACAUCCACAGGGCAAACUGAUUGGUCUUCCUGUGAUCACAACGUGGCUUAGUGCAAUGUGUAGCUUUUAGUGUCUUGUAGCUCUGUGACUGUAUUUUAACUGUUGUUGGUAAGUCUGUUAUCAUUCAUAUGCUGCUGCCCCUGUUGCCUGUGGAUGUGAAAUAAGCAUCAUGUGACACAUAUAAAUAUUUCUGAUUAUACAUACUAUGCCUGCAAUGAAUGACAGACUAUUUUAGAUUGUUUAAACUGUUCUAAGACACUGUCUUGGAAAAGCAAGACUCACUAACAUAAGUCCUGGCCCAUUAUAUUGUAAAUUUUAAAAUGCAAAAACAUUUUCUGUCCGAGUUGUACUGAGAGUAUUUUCUCAUGAACACAAUGGGCUCAAAUAGUUCCAAUUAUUCCUUUAAUGGAAAUUCUAUGGAGAGACAAAGAUAUGAUUAAAAUAAUGAAACUUCUACAGAAAGGAGUUAGUUACCAUCUACCUCCUCCACAAUGAAUCCACUCCUGAAGGGUUGUAUGAGACAAGCCUCAGUCUUCCCUCCUUUAUACUGAAGGCUGGCCACUAGUAGAAUGUGUGUUUUGUUUCUUCCGAUGAUUAAGGAAUAAGGCACGUCCUCUACCUUUAAUCAGUAGCUAAUAAAGCACACCAAGUUCCUGCA